AUGAGCGACAACCCGCGACCCACGCUCCCAGUGCCCGAAACUGACGUGGCGCGUCCGUCACGUGGCAUUCAGGAUGCUGCUGUGCUCGCAUGCCCCUCCACAGCAGCUGCAAGCCACAGCGACACGGGGAGGCAGGGGAGUGGCGGAUUGUCAUCGUGUGGCGCCGCAGCAGCAGCAGCGGGUUCGGAUAAGAGUAGGGCGUCGAAUCGAGUGGGCGCCACGGCAUCUGAGCCUUCUAGUAGAAGGAGCACGGGAAGCGCACACGCGGAUCAGCGGCCGCUCACUGACGCCGCCGCUGCUGCGCCGUGCAACGCGGAGCCCAAUGCUAGUACCACUGGGCAGCAGCGCGCCGAGCUCGCGAGCCAGAUUGACCUGGGAUCUCCGCAAAGCACCAAUUGCGGCGGGAGCGUAUCGACGGCGAGCGCGAGUCCCGUCGCAGGGAGGGACGGCGUGACGCAAGAGGUGGAAACAGGCAGCGGCGCGGCUUGUAUCUGCCGCGCCAGUCGUAGUCGGCGGAAGUGUGCCCUUCCGCUUACAUCCGCGGACGAGGUGACGGGGUCCGACUUCUGCUACGCCAGCCACGUGGGAUUCUUCGACGCGCCACCCUCCUGCGUCUGCGAGCGCGCGGACUGCGCGGACGGAAUAGAGCGCGCUGAGCGGUGGGAGCGGUGGAUGGACGGCGCGAGCCUCGUGGCGCACAUCACACCGUUCGCCAUCAUUGGGGUGCGUGUCGCCCCCUCCUUCCUCGUGCGCGCGCGCGCACACCCCCCAACCGCUUCUUCCCUCCGACUCGUGUGCAUUCAGUUUCUAUUGGACGAGCUGUUCGGCCCGAACGUGGCGCACGUGACGGACGACGCGCUGACGGUCUUCGUCGACCUGCCCGCCAACAUGCUCGGCGCGUUCCUCCUCGGCCUCUCCGCCAUCCCGCUUCUCCCCGCGCUGCUCGCGCGCUCGCGCCACCUCGUCAUCGCCGUCGUCGUGGGGCUGUGCGGCAGCAUAUCAACGUUCGCCACGUGGAACCAGCGCAUGGUGUCCAUCGCCACGGCGGGGCUCUGGGCGCGCGCCGCCUUCGGGUACUUCACCGGCUCCGCGCUCCCCCUCGUCGCGCUCGUCGCGGGCGUCGACGCGGGGACGGCCAUCCGCCACGCCUCCGCCUGCGCGCCCCCCUCUCCCGCCUCCUCCCUCCUGCCCUGCACGCUUCCAGGCACAAAGCUCCCCGCGCCUGCUCCGCCGUCCGAUCCCCCCCACCACCGCCACCACAUGCUCACCAUGCUGCUGCUCUCCGCCGCCAUGCUGCUGCUGGCGGGACUCUGCGCGCUGCUGCUCCCCCCCACUUGUCUCAAGUGGCGCAUGCUAGCUUGCGCUUGCCUCCUCGCCCCCUUAGGCACCCACCUCCGCUUCCUCCUCCUGCGCUUCAACGGGGGCCCUUUCCCCCUCCGCCUCCCCUUCCUCCCCUGCGCCGGCCCUCCCUGCGCUGCGUCGGAAACGGCGCUGCUGGCGGAAGCAGGGAAGGGCGCGCGCGGGUGGGAGUGGAUGCCGUGGGGCACGUGGAUGGCGAACGUGGUUGCGGCGGCGGUGGAAGCCGCCAUCUCCAUCCUCUUCCUCAAGUACCAGAGCACAACGAGCAAGGUGGCGGUGGGGGCGAUGCAGCUAGGCUUCCUGGCGUGUCUCAGCACGGUGUCAAUGCCGUCCCUGGAGGCCCUGUACCUGCACUACACGCUGCGCUCGCCCGCCAAGGCCUACGGCUACGCGCUGCUCACCAUCGUGCCCUCCUUUGCCCUUGGGCUGCUGCUCUACUCGCUGCCCUGCUGGCUCAACGGUUUCGACUCCCUCUACAAUCACGUCGGCACCUCCCUGUGA